AUGAAUAACACGCCGUUAGCAGUAGAUGUACUUGACGCCGUAAUCGCAGCUGCGUCAAUUACUUUACGCUAUACUUCUAUACUGUUUGUCCGAUUUCACCCCAUAGGAAAACGAUAUCUAGACCGUAUUUAUGGGAGCUUUAUCAUAUUUCUGCUUGCCUUCAGCGCAGAGCUAGCACUACUCAAAUACAGCAAGCUUCGGGUCAAAAGACGUCUCGUCUCUGCCCCAGUAUUGGCUAUUGUCGAUAGCAGUAGGCCCUUCUCCACCGCAAGCGGCUUCCUCAUCAACUUGGCAUGUCUCGUUGCUGUUCUUGACUUUCUUUUCAGAGGCCAUCUUUUGCAUCAAAGUACCGAUCUGUCCUUCUCUCGGAUGGGUUAUGUUGAUGACUCGACGGCUCGAAUUGUGUUGAGGGCUCCUAUCUCUGACUAUGUUCAGAUCACAGUCACUCCAAACUCUGACGGGCAUGCAGAGACAGAAAUACUCCAAUCCGUCUUGUUAAGUGCACAUUCUGAUUAUGUUGCGACAGUCUUGAUAGAAGGUCUAGAGCCAGACACUCCUUACACAUACGCAAGCAAUGCAAGCCACGCUGGGUCGUUUCGUACCUUGUCUCAACCUGGCAGCGACUUGAAGCGUUGGAGCCUUGUUUCUUCAAGCUGCAUCAAGCCAUUCUACCCAUACAACCCUUUGGACCAUGGUUUUCGAAUCAAAGGACUUGAACAUUUAAGCAAGUACCUUUCUGAGGGUUCAGUGGAUAUGGUACUGUUUCUCGGCGACUUUAUCUACAUCGAUCUCCCAAUCCCACUGGGCUGGGAUGCUGACACAUACUCGGCGGCAUAUCGCCAGGUAUAUGCGUCCCCUUCGUGGUCGCCUCAACUUCGCGCAACCCCUUGGAUACAUGUCUAUGAUGAUCAUGAGAUCAUAAAUGACUGGGCAGGGAAUGACACGGGACUCUACAAGACAGCCAUGCGACCGUUCUGGAAUUACCAUGGAAACGCGAACCCGCCAUCAGAGUAUGGUGCUGACAAAACAUACUAUGCCUUUCGAUAUCAGGGUGUAGCAUUCUUUGUAUUAGAUACAAGGCGAUAUCGAUCAGAUAAUGCGAUGGUUGAUGGGCCAGAGAAAACAAUGCUUGGUGCAGUCCAGCUUACUGCUUUGAAAGAGUGGCUUACAUCAGAAACUGAUUGGAAAGUUGUAGUCAGCAGCGUGCCUUUUACGAGGAAUUGGAGGGGCCCAGAUUCAGCAGAUAGUUGGUCAGGAUUUCUCUGGGAGAGGGAUUCGAUCCUGGAUACGAUGAAGCAGAACGGCGGUGCUGUUAUUCUCAGCGGCGACCGCCAUGAACAUGCUACCACGAUGUUCCCUGCAAAGACCAAGGGUGACAAGCCGGUUAUCGAGUUCUCCACUUCGCCGUUAAAUCAGUUCUACGAGCCGUUCGAUAGGUUUCAUAAGGAGAUUGAGCAGACCGAUAUGUCAAUCUACUCCCAUCCAUGGGGCUCUUCAAAAUUCGGAAAGGUCACGUUUGACACCACACAAGCAGAUAGGCUACAUGUCCAUUAUGACCUGGUUGUAGAUGGUAUCAAGGUAUGGGAGUAUGACUGGGAGGCUCAACGAUUCUAA